AUGAAAGGAAAAACGGCAGAAGCACAUAAACGAUCAAUAGAAUUCGAAGACGAUGAAUCAAAAAAAAAAAUUAGGACAGAAGAUGAAGAAUCAGUUAAGGGUUCAGGAAUCAGAGAAAAUGUUUCAAAUCCGAUAUAUUUAGAAUAUGAAAAAGGUAGAAAUAAGAAAUUAAAAAAUAAUGCAGAUUAUGUGGAAUUUUUAAAAAAAGAUGCUCGAAGAAAAUACUUAAAAGAAAGAGAAAAGGAAAAGUUAGAUGUAACAAAAAAGUUAUUAGAUGAUGAAUUAUUAUAUAGUACAAUUAAAUUGGAAGGUAAAGAAUUUAAAGAACUGGAAUUUUCCAAAAGGAUAUAUAAUAUAGCUAAGGAAAAUAUAAAGUUACGAGAAAAAUUAAAGGAAAAUUAUUACUACUUUCAAGAGGAUUUUGAUCAAAUUGAUUUUGCUAAAAAAAAAUAUGAUGACACGACACAAUCGAGGGAGGAGGGUAAAGCAGAUCCUUCCCUAUACAAUUACGAUGAGCAAAUAAUUAAUAAAGGAAUUUUAAAAUUUGGUUCUAGGCCAGAGGGAAAUGAAAGAUACAUAAAUAACUUUGUCUUCGAAGACGAAUCAACGCUUCGGAAGAAUACAAAAAGGGAAGAAGAAUCUGAGGAAAAGCACAAUCACGAAAAGGAGAGAGAAAUUUAUAAAGAAAUGAGGGGAAAAAAAAAAAAAAAAAAAAAAAGUGACAGUGGUGGGAAGAAACACAUCGAAAAAAACGCUGUUUCUCCAAGUGACAGAAAGAGAACAGGAAAAAAAAUUCAAAAAAGUUUUCAUCACUACAAAGGACGAGAAGACAAUAUGCACUCACACAAAAAUGAAUCGGAUGAAAAUCAAUCAGACAGCACCAGCAGUUGUGAUAGGGAUACACAGGAUAAACUGAUCAAAAGGAAAAAGAAGAAAAUUAAAGAUUCAGAUGAAAUGGAAAUAGAGGUACUAAUGGAAGGGAAGAUAAAGAGAAAAAAACGAAACGAUUAUCCUGAAAGUGAUAAUAGUGGAGGUCAAUACCAUGGCCAGAACGAUCGUGACGAUGAUCGAGAUAGAAGCCGUGGAAUAAACUCUAACAUUCCCACUUGUAGCAAGAAAACAAACUCAGAGACAAACAAAGGGAACAAAAACGGAUUAACCGAUGUCGUAGAAUUUGUACAUUUAGACAGUCUCUAUGGAAUGGACGAAAAGGAAAAAGAAUUGCAAAAACUGUUUGAAGAUAUUAAAAAAAAGAAAGAACAAAAAAUGAAGAAAAUAAUUGAUGAAAGAAAGAGAUUACCUAUUUAUAGUUACAGAUAUGAUAUUUUAAAAGCAAUAAAAAAUAAUAAAAUCUUAAUACUAGUUGGAGAAACAGGGAGUGGGAAAAGUACACAAUUAACUCAAUAUCUGCAUGAGUGUAAAUAUCACUUAUAUGGAAAUAUAAUAUGUACACAACCUAGAAGAAUCGCAUGUAUUGCUAUAGCUAAUAGAGUAGCAGAUGAAAUGAAUGUAAAAGUAGGUAAAGAAGUUGGUUAUGUAAUUAGAUUUCAAAAUAAAACCAGUGAAACGACAAAAAUUGUAUAUAUGACAGAUGGAAUGUUUUUACGUUUGUUAUUGUACAAUCCAACAUUAGAUGACAUAUCAGUACUAAUAAUAGAUGAAGCACAUGAGAGAGCAUUACACACAGAUAUAAUUCUACCCAUAGUAAAAGAUAUUUGUAACUUUAGAGAAAAUAUAAGAAUAGUCAUAUCAUCGGCAACUUUAGAUGCUGAAAAAAUUUCCACCUAUUUUAAUUGUGCUCCAAUAUUUUAUGUACCUGGUAGAAAAUACAACGUUGAUAUUUAUUAUACCAUAAAUAAUGAAAGUAAUUAUUUAUCCGCCAUUGUAAUUACCAUUUUGCAAAUUCACAUUACACAACCAAAGGGUGAUAUUUUAGUUUUUUUACCAGGCCAAUUUGAAAUCGAACUUGUACAGCAAGAACUGGAAAAUAAGUUAACCGAAUUAGCCCCAAGAUUUCGCAAUAUGAUAAUUUUACCAAUUUAUUCAUCUCUUCCAGUGGAAUAUCAAGCCAAAAUAUUUGAAGACGUAACUGACGAGAACUGUUGUAGGAACAGUGAAGUGGAUAACCAAGAGACUAUACAUGAUGAGGGUGGUGGUGGUGGUGGUACUACUACAAGUAAUGGCGAAUUAGUAACAAAAGAUAAUUGCCUGGAGAAGAAAAGAAAAAAGAAUGAACUUGCACUAAAGGAGACGCAUAAAAAUGAUCAAUUGAAAGUAGGUACUCAGAGAAUAAGGAGGAAAAUUAUAUUAUCAACAAACAUUUGUGAGACAAGUAUUACAAUAGACAAUAUUGUAUAUGUUAUAGAUUCAGGUUUAUGUAAACAGAAAAUAUAUAAUCCAAGUUCAGGCAUAGAAUCGUUAGUCACCUUACCAUGUUCCAAAGCAUCGGUUAAUCAAAGAACAGGUAGAGCUGGUAGAAAACAAGAUGGGAAAUGUUUUCGAUUAUUUACAAAAAAAUCUUUCAUUGAUUUAAAUGAUAAUUCAAUUCCUGAAAUCCAACGAUGUGAAGUUAGUAGCAUGAUUUUAUUAUUAAAAAGUUUAGGAAUGGAUGACAUUAUAAAUUUUGAUUUUUUGGACCCACCUUCUCCAGUAGUUAUUAUAAAAGGUUUGGAACUUCUCUACUGCUUAGGCGCCUUAAAUGAUGAAGGGAAUUUAACAAAAACUGGAAGAAAAAUGGCAGAAUUUCCAACAGAUGUAAAAUCAAGUAAAAUGAUUCUCUCAGCAUCAGAAAAAUAUAAUUGUGUCGAUGAAAUUUUAAGUAUUACAUCUAUGUUAACACAUGCGAAUAACAUUUUUUAUGUUCAAAAAGGAAAAGAAAAAGAAGCUGAAAAUGUUAAAAAAAUGUUUACUAUUGAAGGAGGUGGAGAUUUUCUCCUUUUUUUAAACAUAUAUAAGCAAUGCGAAGAAAAUAAUUUUUCCACUUCAUUUUGUUAUGAUCACUUUUUGCAAUAUCAUACACUUAUCAAAAUCAAGGAUAUCAAAACACAGCUGACAAGUAUAUGUGAAAAAAUUGAUUUGCCAAAUACUUCAUGUGGCAUUCAAAAUCAUGAAGCAUUAUCCAAUAUUAAAAAGUGCAUUAUAAGUGCCUUCUUCACCAAUGCAGCCUUGCCUGUUAAUAAAAACGAACUUAAAAUUAUAAAACUGAAUCAGAUUGUCAGUAUAUAUCCCAACUCUGUCCUCUCGAAAAAAAAUAUCAUGGAAGAAAACAAAAAUGCCUGUAUCAUUUUUUAUGAAGUUAUUAAGAUAAACAAGUCCUAUAUACGCCACAAUAUAUCUGUCAGCAAAGAUCUAUUGUAUGAUAUUGCAUCCUUUUACUUUCACAACAGGGUGGGAUGA